AUGGCUCUAGCUGCGUCCGAUCUUGCGCUGAAUCAAUUCAUUGAGGUUUCAGAUCGACUCAGUGAAUUCGAAGCGAGAUGCAACACUCCGUCGCCGACUCCCCCGAGCAUGUCCAUGCUAAAUAUCCGACGCGAAGAGGUCCGAGCAUUGUGGGAGCGCAUCAAAAAAGAGUAUGAUGAGUGCAAUAAAGAGGUCUUUCCUACCCAUGAUUCUGCGAGUUAUUAUCUUCCGCAUCAUGCCGUGCUCAAGCCGGAAAGUACGACCACCAAGCUUCGUGUGGUGUUCAAUGCCUCCAGCCCUUCAGACAAUGGGGUCAGUCUAAAUGAUAUCCUUCAUGCUGGCCCGGUCUUACAGUCCGAUCUGACCAUUCAAAUUCUGAAGUGGCGAUAUUUCCGAUACGUUUACAGUGCCGAUAUCGAGAAAAUGUAUCGACAGAUCUGGGUAGACCCGAAGCAUACCCCGUUCCAACGCAUUUUAUUCCGAAACAGCGAGGGGUACAUUCGAGAUUUUGAGUUAAAGACGGUAACUUUCGGGAUUAAUUGUGCGCCCUUCCUGGCGAUACGAGUCCUACAACAGCUGGCGACUGACGUGCAGCUCAGCCAUCCAAGAGCGAGCAAAGUCAUUCGUAAUGCAAUGUAUGUAGACGAUGUCCUUUCGGGAGCUGACUCUGCUGAAGAUGCUCAGCUCACAAUAAAGGAGUUACAGAGUGCCCUAGACUCCGCGGGCUUUCCGUUAAGAAAAUGGACGUCCAACAACAAAGAGGUGUUAGCUCAUAUCCAAGCCGGUCAUCUUCUGAACAGCGAUUUCCUUGAUCUCGACACUGAAAGUACAGCCAAGACUCUCGGUAAAGCCUACGGCGCUGCGAUCUACGUGCGCGUAGAGAUGGGACAUACCACGAUGGUACACCUGCUCACCGCCAAGACGCGUGUUGCGCCAGUCAAAACUGUGUCGCUUCCUCGCCUAGAGCUGUGCGGAGCUUUACUGCUAGCCGAAAUGGCUGAAGCGAUCCUUCCCAGCAUGCCGAUGCUGAAUUCGAGUCUCCACUGCUGGACCGAUUCCACUAUUGUAGUGACGAAGAUCACUCAGUCCACAGAGGCAGCCAACUGGUCACACGUUCAAUCCGAACAUAAUCCCGCUGACUUGGCUAGUCGAGGGGUAGCCCUUCCAGAGCUUGUCGGUAGUUCUCUGUGGUGGCAUGGACCCAUUUGGUUGCAAAAGCCACGCAGCCAAUGGCCUAGCCAGGGGACCGACCUUCCCGUGACCGAGAUCGAAAAGCGAGCAGUCAAAGCCCACGUAGCAUAUAUUCCGAACGAAGACUUCCUUGAUCGUUUUUCCAAAUUGGAUAGAGCGUUGCGGGUCCUCGCGUAUGUCCAGCGUUUUAUCAAUCGGUGCAAGAAUCAAUCGCCGCUUUCAGAGAUCCGUCUGGAGGCCAAGGAACUUGUCGCCGCCGAACGGCUCAUGAUUCUCUGCACUCAGCGCAGAUCAGGAGGGGCUGAUAAGGGCAUGUGGCCGUGUCACAGCCUCUGA